GCUGCAAUCGAAUGUUAUCUUUGUGAUUCAUACAGUUCGAUCGAUGCUUUAUUAGAAAUAUUUUCUUAUGGAGAUAUUGAUCCAUCAGAUUAUCAUUCAGAUGAUUCGGAAAGUGAUGAUGAUGAGGACUCGCAUUUUGCCGCUAAUCGUGCUGAUGAUUACUUGCUAUGGCAACGUACUCCAUAUUUAGAUGAGUUUCGUCAAAAGAAAAAAGCUAGGAUGGAAGAGUUCCUAAAUGUCAAAGGAAAACUCGAACAACAUUUUGAAAAUUUAGCUCAAAAAUAUCCAAUUCGUGAUCUAGAAAUUGAAAUGUAUAAAUAUUGUAAUAAAGUUAGUAGUACUUAUAUGAAGGUUCCAGAGUUAAUAAGCGUACAUAGAUCUUCUACUACAAAUAACGAUUUCCCCCUAGAGCUAUUCCAUAUUCCUGGAAUAUAUAAUGGUGGAAUUAAUAUACCAGUGAGUGAUGAUGAUUUAGAUGAUAAUACGGUUGAUCAAAUUCCGGUUUCUCGAAGUGAAGUUGUCGAUCAAAAUAUCGAUGUUAAUUUUGAUAUUGAAACUCAAAGAAAACGUCGUGUCUUAGAGGAGAAUGAUGGUAAACAGCUCAAGAAAAGAAAAAAUUUAACCUCUUAA